AUGGCUGCUCCCCUGCCAGGCUUGCAGAGCAGUGCGGGGAGGAGAGUUGCAGCAGAGCGCCGAGCACUCGCCCAGAGGCGCGGCGGAGCGAGCAGCAUGGGGGAGAUGAUCGCCUUCUCCUCCUGGAUGUCCCCCAGGGCUCCGCUCGUCUCGGUUCCGCUCAGGGAAGAGCGGAGACUAAAGAUGGAACUUGGCAUGCUGGAGGUCCCCAUACCAAAUCCCUUCCCUGAGCUUUGCUGCUCUCAGUUUACAUCGGUUUUGUCAGCCAGCCUGUUACCCAAGGUGAAUCCCAGGAUCAAACAGGUAAUUAAAGUGUACAGUGAGGAUGAAACUAGAAGAACUUUGGAAGUACCAAGUGAUAUAACAGCCAGAGAUCUAUGUCAGUUGCUAAUACUGAAGAACCAUUAUGUAGAUGACCACAGCUGGACUCUGUUUGAACAUCUUGGUUGUUUAGGUUUAGAGAGAAUCAUAGAAGAUCAUGAAAUGGUGAUUGAAGUUCAGUCAAAAUGGGGGAUUGAAGAAGACAAUAGACUUUAUUUUAGAAAAAAUUAUGCCAAAUAUGAGUUCUUCAAAAAUCCUGUGAAUUUUUUCCCAGGACAUCUGGUUUCCUUCUCAAAUGAGAUUAAUGGAGCACUAAGCCAUACGCAGAUACUUCAGAUGUUUUUAAGUUCCAGAACAUAUCCUGAAAUCCACAGCUACUUGCAUGCUAAAGAGCAUGGGAAAAAACCUUGGAAAAAGAUGUACUUUUUGUUGCGAAGGUCUGGUCUGUAUUUUUCCACAAAGGGGAUGUCAAAGGAGCCGAGGCACCUGCAGCUUUUCAGUGAAUUCAGCAGUAGUGACAUAUAUAUGUCUUUGAUGGGCAAAAAGAUAUCUGGAGUACCAGUCACCUAUGGGUUCUGCUUUAAGCCUAACAGAGCAGGAGGAGCCAGAGACGUGAAACGGCUUUAUGCAGACAGUGAACAAAGUAGGACCUGCUGGGUGACAGCCAUCCGCUUGCUUAAGUAUGGAAUGCAGCUGUACCAGAAUUAUAUGCAACCAUCUCAAGGAAGAGGUGACUUCAGUUCGCUUAUCACCCCUGUGAGAAGCAUUUCAGAAAAUUCUCUAGUGGCCAUGGACUUCACAGGACAUAAAUCCAGAGUUAUUGAAAACCCCACAGAAGCCCUUUCAGUUGCAGUUGAAGAAGGAUUAGCAUGGCGGAAAAAAGGCUGUUUACGACUUGGUACACAUGGUAGUCCCAACACUUUGCAAAAUGUCCCAUCAAAUAUAGCCAUACACAGUUCACAGCCAUGGUUUCAUCAUAAGAUCUCUAGAGAAGAGGCUCACCAACUCAUUUUGCGACAAGGACUGGUAGAUGGGGUUUUUUUGGUACGGGAUAGCCAAAGUAAUCCCAAAAGCUUUGUACUGUCAUUGAGUGAUGGAUUAAAAAUAAAGCACUUCCAAAUUGUGCCAUUGGAAGAGGAAGCCAAGCUGUUUUAUACUCUGGAUGAUGGUCACACCAGAUUUUCUGAUCUCAUUCAACUAGUGGAGUUCUACCAGCUCAAUAAAGGCAUCCUACCUUGCAAGUUAAAACAUUAUUGCGCCCGAAUUGCACUUUAACGAAAACAGUGGCAUUUCUCCAAAAGCUAGUAGAAAAUAAAGGCAGAAUGUGUCAUUUUACAGAACAGUGUCAUAAAUGAAGCGAGUUUGAAAAGAAAAGCCUCUGAAUGUAAAUUUCAGCUUGCAAAUAAGAGUUUGUAUUUGCCAUAGAAAAGCACAAUCCAAUACUUUUUGUGUUUUUAGAAUUAAGUAACUAACAGUGAUCUUCCCAAAAAUGAAUCUCAAGCUGAAAUCAUGUAAUUAUGUCAUGCUGCAUUCUUAGGGAGUAUUUUUCAAAUGCCAAUAAAUGUCUUUUCCACAAUUUUCCUUUA